CGGUUUUGGUGGAGACACGCUCUAAUAUAACACGUUUUUAAGGAAAAGUAGGAACAACAUCACGCAUAUCUAAACACAUAAAUAGAAAAAUCAGCACAUCCAUAGUGGGCACCCCGUAUUUCUGUGCUCGCUUUUGAAACUUGAUCCUCGCUCUUCUACCGAUUACCCCACUCUCGCAGUUCUUGGAAUUUGUUACGUCAUUCGUGUAGGCAAAAAUCAAUGACGUGUACUGUUAGCGAGAAUGGAAACACCACGCCUUGCGAUAUAUAUUUCAUCGGAGGUGUAUCAGAUCAGACUAUAUGUGCACGGGGAUAUUGAGUCAAUGACAGAGUGAUAGGAUAGUAGAAAGGUUCAGGUUGUGUUUGAUCUAGUUCUGCUGUUUAUAUAGGUCGGGGCAGCUUGUGAUAUUUCUCCUGCACAGCUCAAAGGGACAUCAGUGCGUUCUGCUGAUGGAUAAGACAAAGGAUCACUUCGUGACGGUGGUGGAAGGGAACAUUGCCAGCGGAAAGUCCACGCUAUUGGACUACUUCAAGGACAACAGCAACUGUGAGGAUCUCGUCCACAAGGACGCGGCCCGCUGGGGCGCCACCACACAGAGCUACAUCCAGCUGACCAUGGCCCAGUCACACGUCCGGGGAAAAAUGACGACAAUCGAACACUCUGUCCUGUCCCAAUGGCACGACUGGAUUGUGGAUGCUCUCCAAAUCAAAGUGGAUCUCUACGUGUACCUGAGGACUGAUCCGAGGGUGAUUCCAGACCGUAUCCUCAAGAGGGGGCGCGUCGAAGAAAAAGAUAUUCCAAUGAAAUCCAUCGAAUCCAUACACGGACAGCAUGAAGACCUCUUUAUCCGGGGGACGAAAGUCUACAAGCCUAACGUUCUGGACUUCAACGGUGAACUUUCCACCUGGAGAGAUCGAAGUCUAUGGCCAUCUUUCCUUGAGUAGGAGCUAGUACAAAGAGAUGGGUAUUUUUCAGUACUUUUCUUAUGGUAGUAACUUGCUGCUGGAGAGAAUCCUUAUAUGCAAUCCUACUGCAAGGUUUCGAUGCAUUGGAAAAUUGAGUGUGAGUUUUUACGGGACAAGAUUUUUUAGAACUAAAGACAAACUGAAACAACGUUUGUCACCGACAGUAAGUAUGAGAUAAAAGAUUCAUGUUCAGCAGUGGACAUGCUCGAUUACGUGAGGCGUUGUCAUGGAAACGAGGCCAUCUUGAAAAUUGGAAACGCAUACCAUAGGAAUUGAAAUGUAAAGAAGAGAGGAAUAUCUUAAAUGCUCGGUAAGACUGUCGUACACCUCUUUUCAAAAUGUUGCAUGGCGGAGUCUUACACAAUGACAAAGCAGUUGAUUUGAGGAUCAUUAAACGUUAAAAGCUGUAAUCAACUUUUUGCACUUCUCAAAAUUUUAUAGAGUCUAUCCCCAGAAAUCUUGACAGUAAGAAUUGAAAGUAGGCUUACCUUUUAUGACUAUGAAAGCCAACAUUUUUGUCUGCUUCAAUAACGAGGUUCUGAUUUGAUUUAGAACAAACAUUUGUGCUGUCCCCUUCAAACUUUUACUGAGCUUGACGACCUAGAUAAGCAGAGGAGCAGGGUAUUGUGUUUUUGAAGUUUUACAAAUUAACUCAAGUUCUUGACAAGUAUUGAGAUUGAAAUAAACCCUUUGUGUGUAAUUA